AUGCGUUUCACUAUCCCUCUUGCCCUCUUUUUCGCCGCCCUGGCCAUCGCCGCCCCGGCUGCGGAGGCAGACAAUGAAUCCGGCGCUGCAGUGUCUGAGGACCCUGCCUUGGCUGAUGCGCAGCGUUGUCGACCAGGAUAUAGACAGUGCAUGGAUAACUGCAACCGUCACCACGGAGGUGACCGUUGCUUCCGGGCCUGCUGGGCUCACUACUGCUAG